AUGCUGCGAGGUGCCUGGCUCUGCGGGGCCUGCCUCCUGCUCGUGGCCAGGCCCGCCCAGCCCUGCCCCGUGGGGUGUGACUGCUUCAUCCGCGAGGUGUUCUGCUCCGAGGAGGAGCUGGCCGCCAUCCCGCCGGACAUCCCGCCACACGCCACAGACAUCAUCUUUGUGGAGACCUCGUUCACCACGGUGGGAGCCAGGGCCUUCAGUGGCAGCCCCAACCUGACCAAAGUGGUCUUCCUCAACACCCAGGUGUGCCACUUCGGGCCAGAUGCCUUCGGGGGGCUGCCCAGGCUCCAGGACCUCGAGAUCACCGGCGGUGCCUUCUCCAACCUCAGCUCCAACAUCUUCUCCAACCUGGCUUCCCUCAUCAAGUUCACCCUCAACUUCAACAAGCUGGAAGCUCUGCCCGAGGGCCUCUUCGGGCACAUGGAUGCCCUGGAGUCCCUCCAGCUGCAGGGCAACCAGCUCCAGACCCUACCCAGCCAUCUCUUCCAGCCUCUGAGACAUCUGAAGACUCUCAACCUCGCUCAGAACCUCCUGGCCCAGCUGCCCGAGGAACUGUUCCACCCGCUUGGCAGCCUGGAAACCCUGAGGCUGAGCAACAAUGUGCUGGCCAGCCUGCCCGAGGGGGUGUUCGGCAAGCUGAGCAGCUUACAGGAACUCUUCCUGGAUGGCAACUCCAUCUCCGAGCUGCCCCCGGAAGUGUUCGCGCAGCUCCCCCACCUGGAGAAGCUGUGGCUGCAGCGCAAUGCCAUCCGGCAGCUGCCCCCGGCCAUUUUCUCCUCCCUGGGCAACCUGACCUUCCUGAACUUGCAGGGAAAUGCCUUGAAGAUGCUGCCCACCGGCCUCUUCGCCCAUUCCCCGGGCCUGCUCAGCCUGUCCCUGUCCCACAACCAGCUGGAGACGGUCCCCGAGGGAGCCUUCGCCAACCUGUCCAGCCUGGGUUCCCUCACACUGUCACACAAUGCCCUCACCCAUCUCCCCACUGGCGUCUUCAGGGGCCUCGACGGGCUGGUCAAGCUCUACCUGGGCUAUAACAACCUGACGGCCCUGCACCCGGCCCUCUUCCAGAAUCUGUCCAAGCUGGAGCUGCUCAGCCUCUCCAGGAACCUCCUGACCACACUGCCAGAGGGCAUCUUCAACACCAACUACAACCUGUUCAACCUCGCCCUGCACGGCAACCCCUGGCAGUGCGACUGUCACCUAGCCUACCUCUUCAACUGGCUGCACCACUUCAGUGACCGGCUCUUCAACAUCCAGACCUACUGCGCGGGCCCCGCCUACCUGAAGGGCCAGGUGGUGCCCGCCCUGGUGGAGGAGCAGCUAGUCUGUCCCGUCACCCGGGACCACCUGGGCUUCCAGGCCCCGGGGCCGGAAGACAGGGAACCAGGGGAUGGCUGGGAUCUGGCAGCGGUGGAUAGGGCAGCACGGAGGCGGUGCACCUACAGCAAUCCCGAGGGCACCGUGGUGCUAGCUUGUGACGAGGCCAAAUGUCGCUGGCUGAACGUCCAGCUGUCUUCCAGGCAGGCCUCAGGCUCCCCGGGACUGAUGGUCAAUGCCUGUCAGGAGUGGGACUUGAAGUCGAGCUGCGGCUCUGUGAGGGUAACUGUGUCAAUUGAGGCUCGGGCAGGGGAGCCCUAGGCACAGAGCCUGUGCCACCAGGAGCCUGGGCAGACAGUCUCCGGGCCUCACCAGGCAGGAGAUGGCAGAGGGAAGGCCGAAGCUCUGGUUCUUCAGGUGGAGGGGAUGGAGUGCCAUCUCUAAGGUGGAGCAGGUGGAGGUGGCCGGCUCCAGCACCCCGCGUCUCCGCCUCCUCCUCGUCUGUCAUCACCCCAUCUCUGAGUCUGAGACCCAACAGGCCUUCCUUAAACUUGGCAAAGCACCUGUUAAAGCCGUGUUGUG